UUCUGCCUUUCAUUCCAGCUCCUGAUGCUGCGAUGAGCACAGACAUGAGCACAGCAGGUGUUCAUCGAGGCUACCUCAAGAAAUAUGGGGGCUUCAUGUUCAAGCAGUGGAAGGAGAAGUACCUGGUGCUGACCAUGGAGGGAAGCCUGCUGGUGUGUCGGGACGCAGAGUCUCCUCCGGACCAGGUGGUAGCACUGCAGACCAACUGUGAGAUGAUCGCAGAGGGGCGAGAAAUCCUUGACCUGCCCAAGUUGCCACCAGGGGGCAGGAGGGACUGCUGCUUCGCCAUCGUCCUCCAGCAGAGCAAGUUCCUGUUGCUGCUGGCUGACAACCCAGACGACUGCAAUCUGUGGCUGAAGUUGGUCAGAAAAGUGAGAGAGGGUAUCAUGUCACCGCUGACCAUUCAGAGACAUCGCAGCCUCACUCCCUGCAUCACAGACAGAGACCCCCUGUCGGACUCCUCCAGUGAUAAAGACCCGGGGUCACCCAGGGUCUUUGAGGGAACCCCUCCUUUAUCUCGAGGCAGCGAACGGGGAGGAUCCUUCAGAGACAGAGGCCCAAACCAAGCCAUUGCACGGCGGCCUCUUCGCAGUGUUUCCGUGGCACCACCUCAUCGUGUGUCAGACUGUCUUCGCCAUGGCAACAGCAGCGAUGCCCGGGCAGUGAGGGCGGUGUGUCUGCUGAUGGGGGGGCAGCGGCCUCCUCUGCUCUGGGCUACCUGAACUCCUGCUCCCCCUCCUCUCCGCUGGCCGCCAGAGCCCCAGAGAUGGCCCACGGGGCGGGGGGCUUCUCUGAGCUUAAUGCCAGCGACUCCUUACACACCUGCAGCCAGGACGUCGACUCCCCACACUUUAACAGCUUCGACUUUGAAGGAGACUCUGACUUUGAUGCGUUCGACUGCGGAGGAUUUGCUUUUUAGUCGUGACCAAAAAAACAGAAAGACGCUCAAAAAAAACCAACCUCCUGUACUGGUAUUCCUUUUCAAUAUAAGGGCAUUAUUAUUAAUGAAUCCCUUGUUGGGUUAUCUAUACGUCUAAUUUAUAAAUUAAUGAAGGUGUUCUUCCUGGCUUUAUGCCCAUUCUCCUCAGGUAAAUGAUUCAUGAUCUUGACUCCUCUGAACACUGUCUGUCUGUGUUGUAUCACUCUUUCCAUGCCUCGGGACCUCUUGAGGUUAACUGCGUGAGUGGUGUGAUUCCAGACAGCCACAUGGACAUUUAUAGGAACAUUUAAGUCUCAGAAUGAUAUUUUUAAAAAACAACAUUUUUUUUCAAUGUGUGUAUGAUAACUGUGUGUAUUUUAUACUUUAACAAAAGAUGACCUCUAUGCAUAUUUUCUCCUCAUCCACAUCCUGUCCAUUUCCUUUUGCCCUGCUUUCAGAAACCACCCACCAUCUGCACAUACCUCACAUAGAGUGUGGUUCAAAGGUGAACUCUCAAUAAAUCCUGCUCUUACCAUGACUGUGCGUCUCUCUCUAGAUCCAUCUGCCGUUUGCUGGCUGGCACAGUGCAGACAAUAGGUCGAGUGUUUUGGAGACGAGGGACGCUGGAACAGAUUUGCACGAGCAGAAUGGCUGCAUGCGCUUAUCUGAGAUUUUGUGUGACAACAAAAAUAAUCCACUGAGUUCAGAGCUCAUGAGCUGAACAUGUUUGUGUUUUUGCCCUCAGUUUGUGCACCAGAAUGGGCUGCACUUGCUUUCAUGACAAACUAGACUAUCCUUUUUCUGUUAAAAAAAAAGACUCCUACAUUUGUUGUUGCAAGCACCUUGUUAAUGGUAAACUAUCUGUACUACAUUUAUGGCAUAUAUAUACAAUAUAUUGCUCCUGACGAUGGUGCUAAACGAGGAAACACUCCUUGGUGUCUUCAUUGGUCACAUCCAGCACAAGAGGGACUCAAAUGACAUAUUUAAAGAGACAUUGGUAUUAUUUGCACAAACAUAUUGACAAUAUUUGAAUAUUUUUGUAUAGAAGUCAGUCAUUUUUUAAUGCUGUCUACUGAUUAGUUCUAAUCAUAAGCAUGACUUGUGGUUAUUAUGCUGUAAAUGUUAUGCAAAACCUGAAACUUUUGGUGCUCAGUACUGACAAACAGGCCAAACUGUCAAAUUUUCUGGAUGCAAGUUAUGUCUUGUCAUGUAAAUACAAAUGUGGUUGACAAUAUGCAUUACUAAAGCACAGUUUCAGCUAAAAUUGUGUGGGUUUUGUGUUUUAAUACACGAGUUAAAAUCUCUUUUUGUAUAGAUUCUGUGUCACAGUUACUGUUAACCUCAGUCUAUACACAAAGAAUAAUCCAAAUGCAAAGCUAAACGCUGGUCAAAGUUAUUCAGUAUGAAAGAGACUAACAAGGAAACAGCAAGAAUAAACAGGAUAGACUGUGAAUUUAUGUGAUUUUGGCAGCUUGAAUGACUAGAGAGAGGGCCUGCAACAGGUUGUUUUGGAUAGAAAAUCUGCCACAGCAAGUCCAAAAUCUGUCUUUCAGAAGCAGUUUUAUUUAUUCGCAUAAAUGCAUGUAUUUUGAAGACUGUUAUAUCGAAGAAUAUUUAUUGUGUAGUAUUUUCAGGUUCAUUGUAAUGGCAUAAUGAGAGAUGUGAGUACUAAAGCAGUGCUUGUCCUUCACUACUUACUUCAUAUUUCAUCAAAUUUAAAUGUAAGUCUGUGCUUUAGAAUUUUUAAAUGAUGCUGCAAGACCCCAAUUAAAGAGUAUUUCUAUCUCAGUGAAACACGACAAACACAUUAACUGGAUAGUCCCGUAGUCUCUUUUGCUAUGCUGUCAGAUUUGAGGAUUAAUUAUGGAAAACACAGCGACAGAUGUAAUGUUUUCACACUCCCAACAAUAAAAAAAUUAUUGUGA